GAGAUGUUGAAACGAAUGCACUCCUCCAGGAUGAAGCAAAAUGAGUCAUGUUUAGAUUUGUGUCUGAAAGAAGAAAAAGAAGAAAUCCUGAAGCAGAGAUGGUAAAGAAUAUUUAAACCAUUCAUCUUGCAGCAUCAGAGGUACUCGGUUCUGGAAACAUGAUGCGUGUACAGAAUGUGAAUGUGAGGACAAAUGGUGUUUAUUGAUACAAAAUCUGCUUGUGUCUUUCUAAAAGAAUGACUGCAGGAUUGUUGCAUGCUAAUGGACAUCUGUGAAUAACAUAUGUUGUUUUUUGUAACGGAGAAAUCAGGGACAUCUGAGUUCAGAAUAAGACCAACAUUUGCACUUCAGACUAUUUUUAAAUAUAUAAAGUCAUUAUAUUGGUUUGGACAGGCYGCUUGAUCAGAUACAGGUAUAUUCUACUUUUAUACCCAUUCUGCAGAACMCCACUUCAAAAUUAUUGCUUUCAAUUACCUUUAUAAAACCUCAGUGUAUAGAAUACCUAAAUGUUGCCUGCAGACAACUUCUCAACUUCCCUCCAUGUCCCAGUGCCACGUUUUCUGUCUUUGCUUUUUUUAUGAUUUUUCAUAAUUUAUUAGCUUGGAGAAUAAUGAAGCUCAUUAUAGGGUGUAAGGUUAUUAUUUCGCAGCCUCUCCUCAUCCCUAUAAAGAAGAAACACCCUGAUGAGGUCAGGUUUUAGUUGAUAUUUUGGAUGAAGUAGUUUGAGGAAAAAUGUGACGAGGAAAAAAAACAUAAAAUAAACUAUAAACCAAUACAAAUGCUGUAAAAUCUUUCUUCUUUAAAUUAAAAUAGUGCAAAAUAAGGAUCUGUUAUGUGUGUUUUUGUCUAAAAUAUUCCAGCCAUGACGUCCUGUUCAUCUUCAGCCGGUCUCCUCCUGAGCCUCGUCCUCUCUCUGUCUCCUGCUCUCUGCUGUCGCAUCGGGAACCACAGCGAAUGUGAUGCUGCUGUUUUUGUACCAGGCUACAACCUGGUGGGGGAGGGCUUCGAUGUGGUCACCCUGCAAAGAAAGGGGGCUUAUGUGAUUGAUGUGAAGACUUACUUUACUCCAGGCGGCACCUGCACACUCUGCUCCAACCCUCUUCAAGGCAACAGGCUGCAGAAAGUUGGUCUGGAUGUUGAAAAGUAUGUGUCUGCCGGCCUGGAGGUUGGAGGAACAGGCUCCACUUCUUAUAGCUUCGCUUCACAAAGAACAAAAGAGGACCGCUACACUUUCAGUACACAUAGGRUCACCUGCAGCCAUUAUGGCUACCGUGUGUCAACGAGACCCCCCUUCAGCUCCGAGUUCAAAAAGGAUGUAAACAGACUGCCGAGUCACUACAGCCCCUCCACCGCUGCUCAGUUCAAAGAGCUCAUCAACACCUACGGCACACACUAUAUCCGACAGGUUAAUCUUGGAGGACGGCUGAGACGAGUAUCAGCCUCACGAACCUGUUUGUCCUCACUGAACGGGUUAACCUCAGAUGAGGUCCACUCCUGUUUAUCAGUGGGUAUUGCUGUUGGUCUGGGAAAAAUUAAAUUAUCUAGUGUCCAAAAGUCUUGUAAGAAAGUUCUAGAGAACCAGGAUGUCUCUACUGGCCAAAGCUCAGGUUUGCACCAACACUACACAGAGGUAUCAGGAGGCAAUGGAUGGCUGGGGGAGUUUUCACUAACUCAUAAUGACUCUUCGGGUUAUUUGAAGUGGCUGGACUCACUGAAGGAUCACCCAGACGUUGUUUCGUACUCCCUUCGGCCAAUUUAUCAGCUCAUGUCAAGUGAGACACAGAAGGCAGGGAUGAAGGCCACCAUUGAGAAGUACUUGGAAGACAAUGCUGUGAAGAUCUCCCCCGGAGAACCCCAGUGCGAGGUGUCAACUAAUCUGGCCUCCAACUGCUGUCCUAUGCAUGCCUCCAAGGGGACGCUGGCAGUGACCAUUGUUCAGGCCUGGAAUCUGAAAGGAGAUCUAACUGGAAACACUGACAGCUAUGCCAAGAUGCGGUAUGGUUCCAUAUAUCGCAGGACCCAUAUGAUCCGAUCAAACAAUCCCAAGUGGAAUGCUUAUUAUGAUUUAGGAGAGGUCAGUAAAUUUCUACUUCACAAAUAUGUUCAAAAUGCAAUAUAACGCCAACAAUGAGCUUUACAAAUGUAAAGCAAGUACAAGUACUAUGGAACAA